CACACACAUACACAACAGACCAAGCAAGGACACAGGGUUUGGUGGCACCUAUUGAAGGUAAACCUAACACUCUGAUUUUUCCAGUGAAACACAGUUUGUUUGGGCAUCUAUUGGGGUUGAAGGGAAAAGGAGGUUGAAGCUGAGUUGCAGCAUUAACAAUGGCAUCUGGUGACACUCCAUUUGAGUUAUCCAAAACAGAAUUUGAAAUGGUGAAACACAUUGUGAACAUUCAAGUCCUAGAAGACCUAUGUUUUUCCGCAUGUAGCAUCUACAAGGUUCCUCACAGUCUUCGCAAGGUGAACGAGGAAGCCUACACUCCUCAAUUGAUCUCCAUAGGUCCCAUUCACCUUCACAGCCUGCAACUGAUCCCAAUGCAGGAGCAAAAAAAGAGGUACUUCCACUUCUUCUGGGAUCGCGUAUCGAACGAGCACGCGAUGAAGAGCUACAAGCUCUACCUGGAAAGCAAAGAACAAGAAAUUAGGCAAUGUUAUGCAGAGAAAUUCCAUGACAUCAACAAGGAGAAGUUUGUGGACAUGAUACUUUUGGAUUCUGUUUUCAUCAUGGAGCUCUUGCUGAGGAACAGUUCAUGGAAAUUAUCGGAUUCGUCAAAACACGAGCAUGAUUACGUGCAGACAAAGUCUUUUAGGUCGAAGCACAGCGAGGAUUUCAUCUUGACACAGACAUGGCUGAGCAAGAGCAUUGCAAGGGAUUUGAUUUUGCUGGAAAAUCAGUUACCUUUCUUUGUUCUGAAGAAGCUAUAUGAUUCUGUUGUCCCUGAUGACAGCAAAAAAACAGAACACUCUUGCUUUGUUGAUCUUGCUCUUGAGUAUUUCGCAUUUUAUGACACUCAAAGAUCUUCCUCUGAUGAAACAAAGCUGGUUAUGGACAAGAACAAGUCCAAGAAACAUUACUUCAGUGGCUCAAUUGGAGGUGGUAGUUCGAAGAAAAACCCGAAUUCGGACAAUUCAAUGAAGAAUGGUAAAGAUAGGAUUAAAUGCCCCAAAAAUUUCACUGAUUUGAUAAGGUACUUUUACCUUCCCAGCACAGAUUUAGGCAGAAGUGGUCGAUCUCAUAAUGUGCUAAAAACUGCAACAAAGUUGCAGGAAUCUGGUGUGAGCUUUGAGAAAGAUUUGAAGAGAAGAUUACUCGAAAUAAGCUUCGAGAAGAAGCGAUUUCUGAGCUCUUUCCUCUGCUUGGGUUGCUUCACUUGCACAAACUUGAUGAACCAUGUCAAAGCGCGAUUCGUGAUCCCUCAAUUGAAGGUUGAUCACACAACUGAAUGUGUUUUCAGGAACCUCAUUGCUCUUGAGCAGUGUCAUUAUCCGGAUCAGCCAUAUAUUUGUAACUAUGUUUCUCUGGUUGAUUCUCUGAUACACACUCAGGUUGAUGUGGAGUUGCUGGUUGAGAAGGAGGUUAUUGUGCAUGAAUUAGGGAGUGAUAAGGAAGUGGCCACUCUAGUUAAUGCUCUUUGCAAACACGUCGUGGCGAACACGACAUGUUACUCUGAGAUAAUCAAUGAGCUCAAUCUGCAUUACCAGAACAUUUGGAACCGUACCGUUGCGGCAUUGUGGUUAGUUUACUUCAGGGAUCCCUGGAGAGCUAGCUCCACUCUGGUGGGGGUUGCUGUGCUGGUUUUUACUGUGUUCAACUUCCUCCGUGUUGUCCGUUUUGUGUUCUAGCAAGUUUAUUCUGCAAUUCAGAGUUUGGAUUGGGAUUAUCAUCAAGACUUGAACAUGCUUCAUCAUAUUAUAUAUGUGUGUCUUAGUUAUAUUAUGAAUGAAUAGUGUGUUAAUGAACGUAGUAAUCUCAUCUGUAAAAUGCAUUGAAUCAUGAGUUGUAAUGAUGCUACUAGUAGUUUAGUACUGAACUUGAAAGUAUCAUCUGUGAUAUGAAGAUGCUGAAGAGAUUUUCUGUUAA